GAUGUUCAAUCCGCAGAAUGUUAGUGAUCCGAAAAGGUUCUUGUCACUGCUCGGGAGCACGAUGGAUGAAAUAGCAAGUGUGGCUGCAAAUGAAAAUGAUCGUUCGGGGAGAAAAUUUGCUACUAAAGAAGCCAAUUUUUCAUCGCUUGAAAGAGUUUAUUCGCUUGCGCAAUGCACUCCUGAUCUGUCUGAAUCUUCUUGUGAUAGUUGCCUGAGAUUUGCUAUUGGGAAUCUACCGAGUGAUGGAAAGAAAGGCGGUAGAGUUAUCUUCCCCAGCUGUAAUGUUAGGUAUGAGACGUAUUCUUUUUAUAACAUUACUGCUGUCGCGCCACCACCUCCACCACCAGUUCGCGGUACUCCUCCUCCUCCUUCGAUAUCCAAUUCUUCAAGCAGCGAUGGAGGAAAAGGGGGAAUUGCAUCUGGUGUAAUCGUUGCCAUAGUUGUUCCAAUUGUUGUUUCAGUUCUACUAUUUAUAUUCGGUUUUUGUGGCUAAGAAGAAGAACCUCGCGAGAACUCAAUGUUGCAAAAGGUACGACAGUUAAAGUUUAACGUUUCAAUGAAGGAUGUUCAACUGAUCACCCUUCAUGGGCUCUAACUCCGGCUGUGUACUUAUUUUUAGACUUUCUUUGU